GUUCCUUGUGAAACUACGUAAGUAGUGUUGUAGCUUGCUAAAUCAUCUAAGCCUAAGUGUUACAAUAUUCGUAAGCAGAACGUGGUUGAUGCGUCUUGGAUGUUUAGCCGCUUGAGUAGUUAGAUAGAUGGAAAACCUUCUUGUUGCUUAUCCUUCUUCCCCAGAAGACUGCCCGAUCCUCUACCGACAAGUUGCUCUCAGCACUUGAAUAGUCUAUUCAGAAUAGUUUCAAAAUGUCCUCAUCAACGUCUGCCAUCAGUUCUUCUCUUGUGCUUGCCAGUCCCUACGAUUCUCGCGUUGAGUUGCUUGCUAGAAGACUAGGACUCCAGGACGUUCGAGAUUUGGAAGAGGUGGAGCGCUACUUACUUAGGGCUACCGCUGAAGCACAUCCUUAGCACCAUGAGCCUUGGUUCCGCUUUUUCAGGGGGAAAAAGUAUGUGAUUAUGAUGUGUGACCCUCAAGGAAGAUGCGACGUGGAGGUAGCUCUAACUUACUGGCCAAUGACUGGAAUGAGGAAGCCGCUUUGGCACAGUGGCAGAGGACUGGGCAUUAAGGAAAGAGCCACUAUUGUAGAGUCAACAGUAAGGAUAGAGGCAAUCAUGAUACAGAAACUACGUAUACAGUGUACACCUCUUCCUUUUUUUUCUCCUAGGUAGAAAGAGGUUCAAGAAUCGUAUUCUUAUGCAGUGUCCAGUAACAAAUACAAACCGUUGCACCACUUGGCUUGGCAGUGGUGUGAGAAACAAACGAUGUGCGGGGCACUGCUUUCACCACUGGCACGCUCUAUAAGGAUCACCGUGUCCUAUUGGGGCCACCACAUUUCACCAGCGCCACAUUCUCUAAGAACUUCUGUGCUCAAGUCAAUCAGUUAGUCAAUCAAUUACAUUCGAUUUACUUACGUUUUCCUGCUUCCACCACGUUGUGCGAGUCAAUCAAUUACAUUCGAUUUACUUACGUUUUCCUGCCACCACCGCAUUGUUCUGCUGAUCGUCUCCUCCUACCACCACGUUGUGCUGUUCUUGCUCUGCUGAUCGUCUCCUCCUACCACCACUUUGUGCUGUUCUUGCUUUGUUCUUUCCCCAAGAACACUGUUCUACUGCUCUUCACCACAACAUUGUUCUUGCUUUGCUCUAUCCCACAUCAUUCCUCCUAUUACCAUUAUAUUCCCCAAAAAUAUAGACCCCGCUCUCUCUAAGAUCAAUGGCGUCAGGAACGCCAGAGGACGUAUAGUGACUUCUUGGUAGAAGACACGCCAGCUUCGCGCCUGGUCAUGGCUAACGGGAGCACGCGUUUUAUGGGCUUCGC